AUGUCGCCACCACCCUCUUACCACCGCCUAGCGGUUGACGCACCAGCCUCGGAUGCAACGACGCCGUCACCGCCUCCUUACCGCCGAGAUCCCAUUCCCUUGGACCUGCUACCGCCGCCUAAAGAGGGGCAGCAGUCUUCUUUCCUCCAACUACCUGUGGAUAUGCUUUGGCUCAUAUUCGAUAAACUCUCUCUCAUGGACCAAUAUAUACUUUCGAGGACUUGCCACGCUAUGAAGCAUGUAUUUGGCGCGACCUGUGACAGCGCCAUAAUAGCUCUUUCUCCGGAAGAAUAUCUCGACAUGUGCCUGAAGGCUGCCGCUGUGAUGCCGAAGGCUAUGCUCGCGCUUAAGUACACCCGUCUUGGAAAUGCCGAACAAGAACACUUAGCAAGGCUGAUGGCAUGCCACUCUGUGCCUGUUAAUACAGUCGACUUGGAAUCUAUGAGGUUUUCUGCCGGCCAGGAGGGCAAUCUCUGGUCGAAUGCUGCAUUUUCACAGCUCGCCCGAAGACUUCCCAAGGCAGGUUCAUUAUUUUCACAAAAUGGGAAUUCACGUACACAGAAAUGUCGAAAAGCUCUUCGCCCGAAAUAUCUUUCCCAGAAACCAGACUCUGCCCACACUUGA